AUGAUGAGCAACUUAGUUCGUCCUAUCAAGCUCCAGGAGCAGCACCUCCGUCUCAUUUAUGACGAUUUUCGUCUUCUUGACGAGAACCGAGACGGCUUCAUCGACCAGAUCCAGUAUGCUACGCUGGUGCGCGCUCUAGGUCAGACGGUGUCUGACAGGGAGAUUGAUCGCUCUUGGCAGAUUGCACUUGAAGAACAGCGCAAGCAAAACGAAGAAGCGAAGGCCGCACAGGAGAAAAAGGAGGCGCAGGCGAAGAAGGAAGCCGCUCCAGGGACUCUAGGGCUGCCAAAAAAACAGCCACCGCCUAAACCGGUUGCCCCUCCUCAGAACGAAGUGAAUUUCCAAGUGUUUACAAAGGUGUUUGCGGAGAACUACAUUCCGGUGAUAUCGGAGAAGACCCUUCGUCAAGCGUUUCAGCUGUUUGAUCCGAAAAACACCGGAAAGCUCUCCUCUCAACAACUGCAAGACAUCGUCAUGAACAGGGGCGAGCCUCUGUCAAAAGCAGAGUUCGACGAGCUGGUUCUCCUAGCGGGGCUGGACGGCCAGAAAAGCUUCGAUUAUACGCAACUGGUCAAGCGGCUUCUCAAAGGCCCUGCCGGAAUCGCAACAAUCAAUGCGACUCGAUAA